GUCAUGCCCCUGGUCAAGAGGAACAUAGAGCCCCGGCAUCUCUGUCGAGGGGGGCUGCCCGAGGGGAUUGGCAGUGAGCUGGAGUGUGUCACCAACAACACCCUCUCUGCCAUCAUACGCCAGCUCAGCAGUCUAAGUAAACAUGCGGAGGACGUCUUUGGAGAGCUUUUUAGUGAGGCUAACACAUUUUAUGUGCGUGCCAACGGUCUCCAAGACCGCAUCGACCGCUUGGCUGUCAAGGUCACCCAGCUGGAUUCCACUGUGGAGGAGGUCUCUCUGCAGGACAUCAACAUGCGCAAGGCGUUUAAAAGCUCUACAGUCCAGGACCAGCAGGUGGUGUCCAAGAGCAGCACGUCCAACCCUGUGGAGGACAUGUACAACACCAGCGACAAGCCUCCUUCUCUCAGCAUCCUCUCUGCUUACAGAGAUGACCAUACCGAUGGGAUGAAGUUCUACACGGACCCGUCCUACUUCUUUGACCUGUGGAAGGAGAAGAUGCUGCAGGACACGGAGGACAAGAGGAAGGAGAGAAGAAGACAACGCGAGCAGAAGCGAUGUGUUGACGGCACACUUCAGCGCGAGGUGAAGAAGGUUCGUAAAGCCAGAAACCGCCGUCAGGAGUGGAACAUGAUGGCGUUCGACAAAGAGCUCCGCCCAGACCACCGCCACCCUCACUCUCUCCACCGGGGGGCGUCGUCUGAGGGCUCCCUCUCCCCAGAGAGCAGAUAUGGUCAUGACCUGCCAGACUACCCAACUGCUCCAGGUCUUCCACAUUCUGCAUCCAACCAUGCCCUGGCUCACCCCUACCCGCCUGCAGACAUUCAAGAGUCUGUAGAGCAUGAGUACCACAGCAUCGGAGUCAGUUACAGAGAAGGGACUCUCAACCGCACACACCACUCCCCACCUCUGCAUCGCUCCACUGAGAGAAUAAAUGGCACUAUGACGCUUCCACCUGCGGACUACAGUAUAAUGGAGUACUAUGCCAGUUCUGGACCACCACCCCCUCCCCCAGCCCCUCUUAUCCCAUCCGCACAGACAGCCUUUGGCUCUCCCGUGGUAUCCCCCACCCCCCUUACUGGACCUAGGCCAGGGGCCACAGGCUAUGGUCUCCCACCUCUACCUCCCCCAGGACCUCGCAUGAUUCCACCUCCCCCAGGUCCCCCUCCACCACCAGUACCCCCUGCCCCCCCCCAACUGGCAAGACUCGGUGACAGGAAGAGACAGGACAUCCAGCCUCGAAGUGACCUUCUGUCAGCUAUUCGCAUGGGUAUCCAGUUGAAGAAGGUGCAGGAGCAGCAGGAGCAGCAGGCCAAGCGGGAGCCUGUGGGGAAUGACGUGGCCACCAUCCUGUCCCGUCGCAUCGCAGUGGAGUACAGCGACUCGGAGGACGACUCCGAACUGGAAGAGAACGACUGGUCCGACUGACCCUGACCCCAUCCUUCACAGUGACCUCACACCAUGGACACAUCACUCCUCCAGCCC